AUGAAACUUUUGCUCUUUUUUUGGUUUUUGUUUGGAAUUUCUCAUGGAAAAAUUGUAAUUUUCUAUGGGAGUUUUGAGAGCUCUUCUUGUGAUUCAUUUCCAGAUUUGGGUUGGGAUCAGUGUGUUAAUAAAUGUGACGAGGAAUCAAAUUGUUAUGUGAGUUUUUUUUUCAUUUUUCAUGCAAACAAUCGACUUUUGUCCAAAUUUCACUUGAAAACUCGAUUUUUGAAGCGCGCUUAAGCGUAAAAAACGCGAUUAUUUGACUAAGCUCCGCCCCUUUUGCAUACAAACAGUGGCGGCGUGCACAACCCGUGAACCGUCGCCCACACCGGAAAUUUAUAUAUUCGCGUGUUUUGUGUGUUUAUCGCUUUCGGGCGGUAGCGAAGCUAUUGCCAAAAUUUUUUUGAAUGGAAAUAUUUCGAGAAGUCGAAACUAAAAAAGUUUCUGAUUUUUUUAAAAUUUUCCAUGCUGCAAGACCUCUCUCCAGGUGUGAUUAUAUUAUAAGAUCUUCUAAAAAUUGUAAAAACAAAUAAUUUUCCAACCAAUUUUCAGUCUGCAUUUUCAUCCUCUCAACUUUCAUGCAGUAUUUGUGGUUGGGGUGAACUUCAGGGAAUUUCUUAUCCAAGCGUGGAAACCGUUAUUAAAAUAGCUUUGAAAACUGAAGAUGGCAGUGAUUGCGUUUCGAAUCUCGAAAAAUUGAAAAACGGAAAAAUCAAUGAAUUACAAUUAUGUGAUAGUGGAGCAAAAAUUAUCCGAGAAAAAUAUACAAUGUGUUAUCGAAGAAUGUUGACAAGUCAAGCAAUCAGAAGUUUUACAAAAGCUCAAAAAGAGUGUGAUACAAUUAAAUUCCCAAAUAUUCUUGGUUUGGAAAAUGAAGAGGAGCGGCUGAAAUUUUCAAAUUAUUUAACAAAGUCUGGAGAAAAUGUGAAUGGAACUUAUAUUUGGUUGAGUUCAUUGUUUGUGAAAAAUAAUGAUGGAGUAAUAAUUUCUUGGAAUGAUUCGUAUUUGUCUGGAUUUGGAGUAUUUAAAUGGACCGACGGACAUCCAAAAAACGGGUGGGUUUUGUGAAAUUAACUUCUGAAGUUUGAAGAAACAAUUUGGAAUUUUUGCAGUUUUGAAUGCGUUACAAUUCUAGCUGGAACUGGAGAAUUAUAUUCAAUUGAGUGUGACGGAAGUUCAGUUAAUAUUGAAAGUUUUGGGGUUAUAUGUGGGAAAUUAAUGCAAUGA